AUGGAUACAAGCGAUGAUCUUACAUCAUUGCGCUUCGGUGGGGGCGAGAAGCCUGCGGUGCCUCUGGGCGCGGAUGAGUUGGUUGCGUAUUAUGAAAAGCAGCUUGCGGCCACCCAGCUCGUCCAGCAUCGCCUGCAGAAGCAAUGCAACCUUCUUGCGGAGGAGAAGCUUGCACUGGAGACAAGCUUGUCUGCUCAGACGGCAGCCUUGCAGCAGCAGCUAGUCUUUGCUCGGGAAAAGGCAGAGUGUGCACUUGCCGAGGCGGAGCAUGCGCAGCAGCAAGUGCAGGAAGCGCGAGAUGCCGUCGGGGACAUUGUUGGUGCAGUCACACACCUUGCGGAGCUACUGGACAUCUCCGGGGCUACCGAGGAGCUCACGCACAGCUUUGAAGCGGUAGCCCACAGCACGCAGCGCACGUUCAAGGCUGUUGCGGCUGCGCAGGAGCGCUCGCAAGCAGUGCUGGAGGUGCAAUUGGAGGCCAGGGAUGCUUGCUUUGUUUCACCGUUGCUAACGGCCGCGUCUGUCGUAAGCCCUCAGGGGACUGACGCCACGAAGCGAAUGGAAGAGGAUACUGUCAGGUUGCGGAAGGAUCUGGAUGAUGCCAAGAAGCGCGAGCAGGAGCUGGAGGCAGAGAUGAGAGCAGCUCAGGUGCUUUUCUCAGCGCUUGAAUCAGAGGUCGUCAACCUUCAGCAUGACCAGGCGCAAGCGGCUGCUAAGCUUCAGCUCUCCCAGGAGGAACUCGUGGCUGCCCGGGAUGAGCUUCGUAUGGCCCAUAAGGCACUGCUGGCAGCACGUUCACCUGCGGCUAGUGCACUGACCCAGGGCCUGGCUAAGCUCGACGCCCACCUGGUGAGCGUCCAUAGUUUCCUUGAGGGCUUGUCCAUGCCUCAGCCAACCCCCCUCGCCGAUGCACUGGGCAGCACUCUCCAGCUGCACGCGAGCCGGAGCUACGACGGCACCACGGCGCGGCGCCCGGACACGUUUGAUGAUGGCCGGAACAGUGCGGAGUCUGGCGCGUUCCCGAGGCAGCAGGGCGCGUCGACAUAUCAGCAACUGUGCGCACUUGUGGCUACGGCAUCUGGUGAAGGGCCAGCUCAAGCGCUCCUUCAAGGAGUUGCACGAAAGACUCGGUUGCGGCACCAAGGCGCCGAGCAGGCCGAUAUGUCUGCUCUUACGCAAGUACCGGAGGCGCCGGAUGAGGGGCAGGGUGCUGCACGCAACCACAUGCAACGCAGUCGUGAAGACCUAUCACAGCGGAUGGCAACCCUCGCUGCGGAACGUGAUCAUCUACGCAACAGGGCCCUAGAGCUAGAAUCGCGCGUCACUAGCUUGGAGACAGAGAAAGAAGGGCUGCUCCGUGACCGCACUAGGCAACUGGGCAUGGCAGCAGCCGCUGGCGCAGCUGGAGCAGCCGUGGCAGUGGUAGUUGCGACAGAUGCAUCAUCAACCGCGCCAUCAUCGCCGUCUCGUCCUUUUAGAGUUGCAGCCCCAGCAAGCAUCGUGGGUUCAGAGUCUUCCUUCACAGCCAUUGCAGCACGAGAUGCAGCCCUUAGACGCUCAGAAUCCUUGGAGGUGGAGGCAUUGCGGGACUUGUUGCGACAGGGCGCAGAGGAGCGGGGCGGCGCGCAGAGGCUGCUAGAGCGCUUGAUGGCCGUGCGUCCCGUUGCUAGUAAGCAGCUUCAGUACAGAAAACCAGCACGCUUGGCGAGGCUGCAGACUACGGCGUCUUCCGCAGCUUGCAGUGGCGCAGCAGAUCUGGCUGUCGGCCAGUACCCAGAUGUUCCUCUAGUCGCAUCACCACACUCGCCAUUGUCCAGACCGUCGCCAGGCCAGACCCGUAGCCGGCGCUCUUACAGUAGCAUUGCGUCGGACAGCCAGAGUGUGGACGAAGCGGAGGAUGUCUUUUCUGGACAGUGUGAGCCAUUUCACGAGGUGUCGCGUGUCUACACACGGUCAUCUACUGCUUUGCAAUCCAGCUACGCUUCCUUCGCAUCCGAAGCGCCACUAGCGCCCACCCGGCGCUACACAGAAGACAGUCAGCCGCAUACUUAUCCGCUGCAUCCUACGGAGCCGCUCGAGGGCUUGCUUCCAGCAGCUGCUACCAGAUCUCUCUUGUCUUCUGGCGACGGUGGGCUUCUGCGGGAAGGCAGUCGCGGGCCAAGGCGCUCAUACCGCACUUCGCGAGCUGGUUCUGACGUACAGAGCUUAAUGGCAGAGGUGGAUCAGCUGCAGGCAGCAUUGUGCAGUGUGCUGAUCUCCAAGGCUGUAGCCUGCACUGAACUUCAAGCAGAAUCCGAACAGAGCCUUGCAGCCCUGCGGGCUGCACACGACGUUGAGUUGGCGAAGCUCCGUGGAAAACAUUCUGUGGAAGUCAGUCAGCUGCAGGCGUUAUUGUCCAUGUCUGCAGACAUGUCGCCGACGCCUGUCUCUCAACAUGCCGCUGUGCGGAGUUUGGACAAAUCCACUUGCGUGUCGGAAGACGGCCUCCUUGGUGGUCAUUUCGGAGCUGGAAUGCUGCAACACACGGCAUCUCUUGACGUUAUGAUGCUGGAAAUUGAGGAACACAGCCAGCAGCUUGCCCCUAGGUCGAAGGAGAGUUUGCAGCGACUGAAGAACGACCAUGCACCUCAAGAAUGGGAAUCAUGUCGGCAACAAGCAUGGAGCAACCAGGCUGUGGGCGACCUUACCAAUCACGAGUGGGCCGCCCGGCAGAAGCUACUCGACCAUCUACAGCUUCAAUGCACGCAGCAUGAAGCUUGCAUAAUUGAGUUGCGCGAACAGCAUGCUGCUGACCUCAUGGAUCAGCAAGCGAGGCACUCUGAGCGCUGCCUCCAGCUGCAGGCGGACGCGGUGGCUGAAACGGCGCAGCCAACCAGCGGACACCCAGAUGAAAAGUGUCCGCUUGUUGUAUACGAAGAGCAACUUGCAGAGCUGCGCCUUGUCGUACGGCGACUGGAGGAGUUGCGCACCGCUGAACGCAAACUUGCAGACGCGGACCUGAUCGCUUUGCAGGAGAUGAUGGCGGAGCUCCGGGAAAAGCAGUUAUCUGAGCUCCGUGAGAAGGUUGCGGAGAAGCUUGCAGAACACAAGGUGGCAUGUGCGGCAUUGGAGACGUCCCAGGAGGAGGUCAGUAGCGAGCGGGCGGCAGCAGAGCAGCUGCGGCACAAGCUUGGGGCUUGCGAGAAAGAGCUGCAGCUGCGUGCGUCGCUAAUCUCUGAUCUACAAGGACAACUUCAGCAGCUGCAGAGUGAUAAAGAACUGGAGGAACAAAGUCUUCAAAGCUUGUUGAGCACGAAGACGUGGAUGACGGAGGAGAUUCGGUCGCUCCAGGCAGAGCUGAAGGAAACAUCGUCAAAGUUGGCGGUGGCUGAGGCGGACCUUGCAGCGAUGAAAGUAGCUAAGAACGACCGCGCUAGCUCCAGCGCCGGCUGGCGGCUUGAUGCUGCGACGGCGCCUUCGUGGCACAGGACUAGAGACGUGCAUGCUACCACAGAUGCUCUUGGGCACGGGCCUGGCGGCGCUACUAUGGCUUCUCCAUCUCGAGGCAUGGGCGAGGCGCAAGUUGGCUCAGUAAUCACAAUGGCUGCCGACCAGCUUGCGGAAGUGGCCAUGCAGGCUGCCUUGGCAGAAGCUCAGUUUGAAAAUUUGCAUUUGCUGCAGAAGGCAGAUGUUCCCAGCGACCAUGCGGUUCGACAGCCGCUGUAUAAAGAUGACGUGGAGAAGACUAAUCUCAUGAUUGAGACGGUUUCAUUGCAAGGCGAACUGGACCAGCUCCAGGGCAAGUACCGCACAUUGCAGGCACAGCUGGAGGCUGCUGCAGAUGAGCUUGCAUGUGCUGUGAUGCGUGCUUCCUUGGCUGAGCUCCAGCGUGAUCAGCUUCGACUUGAACGCUCUGGUGCCAUGCGGAGCACGGGUGCAGCAUCAUCAAGGCCCAAACAGCCAGGCCGAGCUGACGAUACGCGUUUUGCUUGUCCGCCCACUGGUGUGGAUGCGGCCAUUAGUCAUGGGACCUUUACCCCCUCAAAACCCACGGAUAUGCUUUUGGUGAUAGACGCACCCGACCUGCUUGGCACGGACGCGUUUAUCCCUGUACAACAAGUUCGGCAGCUGUAUAGGGAACUUCGAACAGUUAGGCGGGCACUCAGCGACGUUAUGGACACCGAUGCAGUGAUGCAGUGCCCCGCUACUUCCGGAGAUGAGCAGAUAGCUAAGAAUGCGCAGGACGGGGCUCUUGCUACUGGUUUUGUGCAUGCUGAAAUAGCCCGGGCACACGACGUGUAUCAUGACACGUGCAAAGUUUAUGAAAUGCUGCGCUCGGACGCUGAAGAUAUCAAUUCCCAGCUAUGGCGCUGGAAUGUUCAAUUACAUAAGCAAUUGUGCUCUAAGGAAAAUGAUUUAACCCGCGAGCAACAGAAGGCCAUACCGGGGCCUCAGCACGCGUUUGAGUCCCUACUAAGCAGAAAAGAAGCGUAUGCCCGCAGUGUGGAAGGCCAGCUGUCGGAGCUGCAGGCAGCGUUACAGGCAGCGCAGUCGCGGCUGCUGCACCGUGAUGGUCAGGUGGCAGCACUGGAGCAUAUGCUCGUGCAGCUCUCUGAGCAGAUCACCAUGUUUGAAGAUGUUGUAGUGCGGUGCGAGGAGGUUCCAUCCGUCGAGUCCUUCGAUGGAGAUGUCGAGGGAGCUAUUGAGAAGCUGAAGAACUUAAUUUGCGCGCUCCGUAGUCAGUUGAAGCGGUACCGUGGUGGGCACGCUGUCAGCCGUGCGGCCAUGCCGGCUUUCUCUUCCCUACUUGCGGCACGUUCCCAGGCGCUGCAGACACCAGCAGCCACGGGAGGCCUAUCAACUGUGCAGGUUGCAUUGAUUGCAGCGGAACGUGAGGUAUUGUCUCUUCGAUCUCAAUUGUCACACCGGCAACAGCACAUUAAGCUGCUUGAGCAGCGAUUGCUGGAGCAGUCACAGGACAUUGCUGCAAUGUGCAACCGAGGUGACACUCUGACCGCAAGCCCUGUUGGGUCCCGUAAGGCCUCUUUCGUGGAGCGAAGGUUUGGGCACGGCACAGAAGUCUUGCAACCACAAAAGGCCUGGGACUUCGAUGGACUGGACAUAAGCGGUACAUCCGGCAACCUAGCUGAUCAGAUGCGGCCUCAGCUCCGAGUCCAGAUCGAAGAAUAUCGCACGGUGUUGGCCAUAGUGGCGGGCGGUCAAUACGAGCAGGACCAAAAUCGCUUGGGCGGGGCACAACAGCGGGCUGGCGAGGCAGGCGGACCUUGCAGAGCAGAUGGCAGCUCGUUCAGCGGCGCUGGGCCGGCCAGCCCUGCUGGGGGCCCCAGCUCUCCAUCGUUGGGUAAUGCGCGUUACAAGGAGAUGAAGCGGCAGUUGGAUGAGGCAGCGCAUAUGCUUGAGGGCUCUCAGGAUCAGCUACUCGCUAUGCAGGAAGAUGCCGACGCCAAAGAGGCUAGUUUACAACGCCUCAAUGAACAGCUGCAGGCAAUGGGAAGCAGUGAAACUGGCAGGUUUUCCGCAUCGUCCGCUGCGAUGGGUGAUGGGCAAACCAGCUUGCCGCUGGGCCACGGUGCAUCGACAACUGUGCAUCGCAACCUGCUGUUUGAUGAGGAAGCACUUCCGGGGAACAAUCAAGUUAAGGAGCUGGAGGAGAUUCGAACCGAGCGGGAUAGCGCCAUGGAGCAGCUUCCACUGCUAAAGCGGGCAAAGCGCGAGCUUGAAGCGAGGGUCAAGGAACUGACGGCCGAAGUGAAGCUGAAGGAUGAGCAACUGGAAGAGCUGCAGAUUGCAAGACAACGCCUAGAUGACAGCACACACGAGCUUAACGUAAUCGCCGAAGCGCUUGAGGCAAACACGCAACGACUGGCAGAAGCACGUGCUGUGGCUGGAGCAGCUGGAGCUGACUUGGAGGUGGAGCGAAGGGCCCGUCAGCAGCUUGAGCGGCAGAUAGCAGGCUCGCUUGUUGCCGCAGCCAAAAGUUCACCUGCAGCUGAGCAGCAUCACAUGGGGCGGGGCCUCGCGUCGCCCAAGGGUGUCAGUUCUCGAGCAUCAUCACCCACUCGUUCCAGGGCCGGUUCUCCUGUCGGCAGCUCGGCGCUCGCGACAAGCUCAGGCGGAGCGUCUUCUGUGGGUACACAUCAUAUGUCCGUGUCUCAAGGCGUUGACCGGCAGGCGGAUGGGCAGGUCCAAAUCUUAUCUCGUGAAGUGACAGACUUGCUGUUGCAGUUGCGCAAUGCCAUUGUCGCGAACACGCAAGCGCAGUCCAACCUGUACGAGCAGGUGCAGUCUCACAGCCUGGGGCAGCCAGUGGGCAGCCCUGGUGCAGGGCCGCACCUCCGAGACCCCUUGGCCGCGUUGGCAGAGGCGCAGGAGCGUGUAAAAGCACUGUCGGACGCCUCCGUGCAGGCUCGGGAGGAGCUGUGUGCAGUUUCGGCGGCCAGGGAUGCAGCGCUUGCACACGCAGCGGAGCUGCUUGCGAAAAACCAGCAAGCACAAGCAGAGGUGGAGCGGUUGUCGGUCGCAUGCGUCGAGGCUCGUACACAGGAAACAGGGCUCAAGAGAAGGCUGGCCAACGUUAACGAGGAGGCAGAGUUGAAGCUUGUGACGUUAGAGGCUGCUAAGGAACAGCUCCUGGGCCAACUGCGGAAAGCUGAUGAACGCGCACAUACACUCCAGGUUCAAAUUGAAGAGAAAGCAAGUGCCCUGCUCACUCUUAGCUUGGCGCAUGCUGGCGAUCAGGUCAAGAUUACAUCAUUAGAGGCUUCAUUGGCGGCGGCCCGGUCCAUAAACAAUAGCUUGUGGUCUCAGCUUGAGGCAGUAGCCAAUAAAGUUGGAAUGGAUACAUAUCCCGCGGCGCCAGGGAGCCUUAAGGGCAGGUGGUCUUAUAGUGGGUUGCCGUCGACAGCAGCAGCUCAUAGCUCAUCUGAGUCGCAUGUAGGAAAUAUGGCACGAACACUAGGCACAGUCACACGGUCGCCGGAUCUCCAGGAGGUGCCGUCGGAGGCCUGCCAAGUGCAUCGCGGCCUUCAGCUUCUUCAGCCGGAAUAUGCAACAGAGGAUGACUCCUCUGCACCAGUGAUACCAUCCGACGAAGUUGCCAGUCCAUAUAAGCGGAGUGAAACAGAUGAUGGAGUGCGCUUUACUGCCGUGCCUGACGUUGCAACGGCGGUCCAAUCUUACAUGGAUUCCUUGCAUCUGGACGCAUCUGCUGUCCGUACACAGCUUGAGGCUGAGCUUCGUGAGGCAAGGGGCCAGAUUGCUGCUGCGCUUCAGGAAGUAGCCGAAUUGGGUGCUCGGGGGGCUUCCUUGCAAGUACAUGACCGGCCCCACGUGGAAUCGGAUGGCCACCGUGUGGAGGGGCGGCACAACCUUUACUCUUCCAACGAGAUUGCCGGGACGGCAAUUCCCUGCGGCCUGCAGGCGCCACAACCAGAGGCCGAGCGCAGCAUCAAUAUGGCUGAUGUAAGGAUUCUUACUGCCGCCAAAGCGGCGCUGCAGCAGCAGUAUGAGGAUGCGGAGGCCGGCCGGGCUAUGGCGGAGCAACAGCUGGCACAAGCGCUGAACGAAAUCAGAGAACUGCAGCGCCGGGUUUCUGCAGCCAAGGAAAUGCCUGUGCUGAUGCACCAAGAGAUGGCGGAGAUAAAGGCGUCGCAUGAUGAACAGCAAUUUGAGGAGGCGGAAACAAGGCGCAUGGCUGUGCAGGCCGAACUGGACGAGGCGGACCGAGAUUAUCCUGCAGGGCUUGUGGCCCUGGAAGUCGCCAAUUCGGCACAGCGGCAGCAUGACAAGGAUUCUCCAGCUGGACGUGUUAUGGUGGAGCAGCUGCUGGCAGAGGCGGUCAAUGAGAUUGCGGAAUUAAAGCGCCGGGUCGCUGUGGGCGAGGCGCCAGCGCAACAUCAGAUUGCAGAGGUGGAGACAUCGCGUGCCAAAUUCCAAAAGCAGUUCGAGGAAGCGGAAAUGGGUCGCAUGUCUCUGCUGGCCGAACUGGACGAAGCUCGGCGUGACCUUUCUGCUGCAGUCGCUGGCCGGGAAGCCAAAGAAGCACUGCAGCGGCAGUAUGAUGAUGCUGUAGCCAGUCGCGCUUUAGCAGAGCAGCAGCUGCUUGAUGCACGCGCCGAAAUUGAGGAACUGGAGCGGCGGGUUACUGCGGCCGACGAAAAAGAGGCGCUGGUGCUGCGCCGGGUUCAGGAUGUGGAGACGUCACGUGCUGAACUACAACAGCAGCUUAGGGGGGCGGAGGCGAGCCGCAGCGCAUUACAGGCAGAACUGGACGAGGCUUGGCGUGCCCAUUCUACAGCUUUAGCAGGCCUGGAAGGUGCGAAAGAGGCACUGAAGCGGCAGUUUCACGAUGCUGUAGCCAGUCGCGGUACGGCAGAGCAGCAGUUGGCUGAAGCGCGUGCCAAAAUUGAUGAGCUGGAGAGCCGGGUUUCUGCGGCCGAGGAAAAAGAGGCGUUGAUGCAGCGGCAGGUUGAGGCGACGGAAACGUCACGUGGCAAACUCCAACAACAGCUCGAGGACAGUGAGGCCAGGCGCGUGUCCCUGCAUGCCAAACUGGCCGAUGCAGACCGAGCUUACUCCGCAGGGAUGGCGGAUCUGGAAGUAUCUAGUGCUGCAAAUCGACAGCAGUCCGAGAACGCUGACGCCAGCCGCGUUAUCGCGGAGCAACGCUUGGCGGAGGCAUGCACCAAAGUCGAGGAACUGCAGCGAAGGGUCUCUGCAGCAGGGGAAAAAGAGGCACUGGUGCAGUGCCGUGUUCAGGAGAUGGAAACGUCACGUGCUGAACUACAACAGCAGCUUAGGGGGGCGGAGGCGAGCUGCAAGGCAUUACAGGCAGAACUGGACGAAGCUUGGCGUGCCCAUUCUACAGCUUUAGCAGGCCUAGAAGGUGCGAAAGAGGCACUGAAGCGGCAAUAUGAGGAUGCUGUAGCCAGUCGCGUUAUGGCGGAGCAGCAGCUGGCCGAGGCACGUGCCGAAAUUGAGGAGCUGGAGUGCCGGGUCUCUGCCGUGGAGGAAACAGUUGUGUUAUCGCAGCAGCGGGCUGGGGCUAUCGAAGCAUCACGUGCUGAACUGCAGCAGCAGCUUGAGGAAAAAGAGACGAGUCGCAACGCUUUACAGAUUGAACUGGACAAAGCUCUCCUUGUUCAUUCUACUGCGGUAGCUGACAUGGAAGCUGCUAAGAAAGCGCUGCAACAGCAGCUCGAGGAUGCCGAAGCCGGUCGUGUUAUGGCGGAGCAGCAGCUGGCCGAGGCGCGCGCCAUUAUUGUGGACCUGCAAAAGCGUGUGUCAGCGGCCCAGGAAGCAGCUUCAUCUGCGCAACAGCAGCUUGGCGAGGUUGAGGCGUCUCGCUCUGCUGCUCAACAGCAGUUGUUGGGCCUCCAAUUGCAGCUAUCAGCAAAGGAAGUGGAGCUAAAGGGCCUGAUUGAGAGGAUUGGUGCCCUGAAUCAGCAGAUUUCUUCCAUUUGUUCUUUGGUUGAGGGCUACCACUGUAUAGAUGCGAGACCUCUGGCGGCAGCUGCUACGACACUUUCUCUACCUGGAAAUUUCGACUCCUCAAGGCCACUCAACGAAGAUGUUGUGGCGUCCGUCGCGGGAAUGCGGGCGUCCUUGGAGCGUCGUCUGGAUGCAGUCGGCCAGGAAGCCUCUGCUCAAGCAGCCCGUGCUGCGGAGCUUGAAGCGCGUCUGGCUGAAGCGCAAAUCUUAGUGGCCAAGCUGGAGGGCUUGUUGCUCACUUCCGACGCGGAGCUACGGGCUGCCACGGAUCGAGUCAAAGAAUUGGAGGAGCUUCUGCUUGGAAAAGAGGCGAAGUUGCAGGAGCAGGAAGUCGAAAGGCAGGCCAUCGCUCAGGAGCUGGAGACAUCGCAGCAACGGUUCGCGGAGUUUCAGGUGAACGUCGAGGGCGUCAGGGGCAGCGCGGAAAUCGUAUCGGCACAACUUGACGAAUACAAAGCCAUAUCCCGUCAGGAGUGUGCGAUAGCGGAGCAGGCCCGCGACGAAGCCAUUGCAACUGCAACAGCUGCACGUGAAGAGCUGGAGUCCCUGCAUGAAGCUUUAAUGGCUUCGAACGCCGAGACUGAAGCAUACCGCGCUCGGGUUGCCGCUGUGGAGAUGGAACUCUUCAAGGUGGAGGAGCAUGUAGACAGCCUGCAGCGCGGCAUUCGCGAUUCCGAGUCACAGAUUGGCGAGCUACGAGCUGAGCUGGCAGCAGCUCAGAUGGACCUCGCGGCAGCGCGCGACGAACGUGAUGACGCAAUGCGGCUGUUGGAUGGAGCCCGGGAGGAAGCCUGCCUAAGGAGCGACGAACACCAGCAGCAGCUAGACAGGUUUCGUCAGGAGCUGGAAGCCGCUGGCAUGCAGCAAGAGUCCCUCGCACGCCAAUCUGCUGAGGCCAUUGCCGAGAAGAACGCAGCAUCCGUGCGCGCUGAUGCAAACCUCGAGGCCGUUAGGAGGCAACUGGUGGAGUUACAAACCAAACUUACUGAGACGCAGGCUGAGCUCUUAGACACUGUCAAGAAGCUCGCAGAUGCACACGUGCAAUUGCAGGCAGCCUGCUGUGAGCGUGACAGUGCAAAAGCACGCCUGCUGGAGGCUCAAGCAGGAAAACAGGGCGAGUUGCUGGGCGCUGUAAAGGAACUGGCAGAGGCACGCAAGCAGCUUCAGGCGGCCGUUUCAGAGCGUGAUGCGGCUGCAGCGAAGCUGAUGGAAGCUCAGGCGGAGAAGCAGGCCGAGCUACUGCAUGCCAAGUCGGAGCUCGCGGAGGGCCGGGAGCAACUGCGUGAUGCCCUGAGAGAGCGCGACAUUACGGCAACUAAGCAUAUGAAAGCCCUGGCAGAGAAGGAGGCCGAGCUGCUGCAUGUUAUGGCGGAGCUCGCCGAGACACAGGAGCAUAUGCGGUCGGCCCUAACAGAGCGUGACGCUGCGAAGGCCAUGCAGACAGAGAUUCAAGCAGAGAAGCAUGCCGACCUUCUGCGUGUUACGGCGGAACUUGCGCAUGCACGAGAACAUCUGCAGGGAGCCAUGUCGGAACGCGAUGCUGCGGCUGCUAAGCAGGCGGAGGUUCUAGCAAAGCAGCAGGCCGAACUGCAACAUGUCAAAUCGGAACUCGCAGAGGCACGGGAGCAGCUGCGGACAGCACUCUCCGAGCGUGGCACAGCGGAAGCUGCACAGGCAAAGGUUCGGGAAGAGCUGCUGCACGCUACUGCAGAACUUCACGCGGCACACGAGCAUUUGAAGGCAGCCAUGUUAGAACGUGAGACUGCGGCAGCUAAGCAGGCGGAAAUUGAAGCGGAGAAGCUAGGCGAGCUGCUACAGGUCAAGUUGGAACUCGCCGAAGCAAGGGAUCGGCUAAAGGCAGCUCUAUCAGAGCGUGAUACUGCAGUAGAUAUGCGGGCAGAGCUUCAUGCAGAGAAAGAGGCUGAGUUGCUGCGUGUUACGGCCGAACUUGCAGAGGCACGGGAGCAUAUGCGGGGAGCUAUGAUGGAACGCGACGCUGCGGCAGCCAAAGCUGAGGGAGUCCUUUCAGAGAGAAAUGCUGAGUUAUUGCACGUAAAGGCGGAACUUUCGGAGGCACGGGGGCAUUUGCGAGCAGCCGUGGUAGAGCGUGACGCCAUGGCCGCUAAGAUGGUAGAGGCUCUUGCGGAGAAGCACGCCGAAUUGCUGUCCGUUAAGGCGGAGCUUAUGGAGGCGCAUGAGCAGGUGCGAAUAGCCUUGGCAGAGCGCGACGCUGCUGUUGCGAAGCAGGCGGAUACCAGGGCAGAGAAGCAGGCCGAGCUGCUGCGUGUUACGGCGGAACUUGCGCAAGCACGGGAGCAUCUCCAGGAAGCUAUGUCAGAACGGGAAAUUGCAGGGAGUAAGCAGGCGGCACUUCAGGCGGAGAAGGAUGCCGAGCUGCUGCAACUUAGGUCUGAUCUUGCGGAGGCGAGCCGACAGGUUCGAGCAGCUAUUUCGGAACGCGACGCAGCAAUGGGCAAGCAGGUGGAGGUCCAAGCAGAGAAACAGGCGGAGCUUCUUCGUGUCCUGGCAGAACUUGCGGAAGCACGAGAGCAUCUGCGAACGGCCCUGACAGAACGUGACUCUGUUGCAGCUAAAAUGGUGGAGGCUCUUGCAGAGAAGCAGGCGGAACUUCUGCAUGCCAAUGCGGAAAUUGUGCAGCUGCACGAGCAGGUGGCUAGACAGGCCGAAGUACAAGCAGAGAAGGAGGCUGAGCUGCUGCGUGUUACGGCAGAAUUUGCGGAGGCUCAAGAUCUUGCGGCAGUCCAGCAGGUAGAGCUGGCACAUGCUACAGCCGAAUUAGUAGAGGCGCGCGAACAGGUGCAGGUAGCUCUUUCGGAACGCAACACUUUGGUUGCCAAGCAGGCAGAAGCGCUUGCAGAAAUCCAGGCUGAGCUGCUGGAUGCCAAGACUGAGCUCGCGGACACAAGGGAGCAUUUGCAAGCAGCCAUAUCCGAACGCGACGCUGUAGCAGCGAAGCAUGCUGGAAAUCUUGCGGAGACUCAGGCCCAGUUAUCGCACGCCAUGUCCGAACUUGUGGCGGCCCAGGAAGAGCUGCGGGCGGCCGUAGCAGAGCACGACACUUCUGCAGUUAAAAUGGCGGAAAUCCUUGCAGAAAAGCAGGCUGAGCUGCUGCACGUUACUGCGGAACUCGCGGAGGCACGAGAGCAGCUGCGGGCAACUGUCUCGGAGCGUGACGCCGCGGCUGCGGAAACGGCUGAAGCUCAAGCAGAGAAGCAAACCGAGCUGCUUCGUAUCGGGACGGAACUUGCGGAGGCAAGAGAGCAGCUGCGGACAGCCCUGGCAGAGCGCGACGCCGCGACCGCUAGGCAGGCUGAGUUGCAAGCUGAGAAGCAGGCCGAGCUCCUGCGUGUUCUGGCGGAACUCACAGAGGCAAGGGAGCAGCAGCGAAAAGCCUUGCUGGAGCGCGACGCUGUUGCCGCUAAACAGGCCGAGGUUCAAGCAGAAACCCAGGCGGAACUGUUGCAUGUGACGGAUGAACUUGCGGAGGCAAGGGAGCACCUGCGAGCAGCCAUGUUGGAGUGUGACGCUGCGGCGGCUCAGCAAACGGAGGUUUUGGCAGAGAAGGAGGCUCAUUUACAGCAUAUUAUGGCGGAACUUGCGCAGGCUCGAGAGCAUCUGCAAACAACGGCUGCAGAGCGCGACGCUACUGCAUCUAAAAUGGCGGAAGUUCUUGGAGGGAAUGUAGCGGAACUGUUGCGCGUGAAGGUGGAGCUUACGGAGCUACGGGAGCAUUUGCGGACAACCAUGUUGGAGCAUGACGCAGCAAAUACUAAGCAUGCCGAGGUUCAAGCAGAGAAACAGGCCGAGCUAUUGCAUGCCAAGUCCGAACUUGCUAAGGCACAGGAGCAUCUCGGGGCAGCCCUCACAGAACGCGACGCUGAGGCGGCUAAGCAUGCCGAGGCCCAAGCAGAGAAGCAUGCCGAGCUUCUGCAUGCUACAGCGGAGCUUGCAAAGUUGCGCCAGCAUCUGGGGACAGUCUUGGCAGAGCGUGACGCAAUCGCAAAACAAGCGGAGGUUGUGGCAGAGAAGCAGGAAGAGCUGCUGCGUGCCACAGCGGAAAACGCGCAGACGCAGGAAUAUAUGCAGACAGCCCUGGCAGAGCGUGACGCUGCUGCUGCUAAGCAGGCAGAGAUUUUGGAAGAGAAGCAGGCUGAGCUGCUGCGCGUUACCUCACAACUUGCAGAAGCCCGGGAGCAGCUGCGGGCUGCCUUGGCAGAGUGUAGCACGGCAACCGCUAAGCAAGGGGAGAUUUUGGCAGAGAAGCAGGCCGACCUCCUGCGCUUUACGGCGGAACUCGCGCAGGCACGAGAGCAACUACGGGCAGCCCUUGCAGAGCGUGACAUAGUUGCAGCUAAGCGAGCUGAGGUCGAAGCGGACAAGCAGGCAGAGUUGCUGUGUGUUACUGCACAACUCGCCGAAGCACGGGAGCAUCUGCGUGCUGCACUGACGGAACACGACGCGGCGACCGCUAAGCAAGUGGAGGUUCUGGCGGAGAAGCAAGCCGAGCUGCUGCAUGUUCGGGCAGAACUCGCGCAUGCACGAGAUCAGCUUCGGGUAACCAUAGCAGAGCGCGAUGCUGCAGCCGCUAAGCAGGCAGAGGUUCGCGAAUCCAGGCAUGCCGAUUUGCUUCGUGCUACGACCGAGCUCGCAGAGGCACGGGAGCAGCUACGGGCAGCCAUUUCAGAGCGCGACGCUGUGGCAGCAAAACAGGCGGAAGUUCUGGCAGGGAAGCAGGCCGAGCUUCUCAACAUGACAACGGACUUGGCGCAAACACGGGGACAGCUGCACGCAGCCCUGUCAGAGCGCGAUAAUGCUUUAGUAAAGCAGGCAGAGGCUGCUACCAGGCUGUCCUUAGCUCGGGAGGCUGCAGAUGCCAAGCGCGCUGAGCAUGAGGCGACUGUCAAGCUUCUCGAGACAGCUCUGGCAGCCAAAGACACGGCGUGUAGUGAUUUGUCCAGCCUACGAUCGGAGUUGCUGACCGCUGUUAAAAUGCUGUCAGAUGCCCAGGCUGAGCGGGACACUGCUGUACGUCAGUUGGAAGAUUUGCGGGUUGAGGUCCGCGGUUUGCAAAGCGAGGUUCCCAUGCUGGCAAAGCACCUCAUUGAGGCGCAGGAACAGUCACAGGAUGCCUGCAAUCAACAUGAAGCCGCGACUGCCAGGCUGCUUGAGUUGGAGGCCCAGUUGGUUGCAACGGGACAGCUGUUGGCCUCCGCGCAUGAAGCUAUUGAAUCUAGGCGCGCGGAGCAUGCAGUUGCAAUGGAGCGCUUGGAUACAGUUCUUGCUGACAAGGACAAGAUGUCGACCGACCUCGCAGAAGCACGGUCUCAGGUCCUCACAGCUCUGAAUGAGCUGUCAGAAGCUCGCGCGCAGCGUGAUGCCGCGCUGCAGCAACUUAAUGCGGUACGGGACGUCCUGACGGCCAUUGAAGAUGAGAGGAGCAGCUCAGCUGCCGCUGCGGCAGUCACCGCAGCUGUGAUGCGCGAGCAGCAACGGACCGUGGAGGCACAGCAGCGCAACCUGGAUGCAUCACGCGCCAGUGAAGCAGCACGCGUUGCACAGCAUCUGCGUGCUUUGGAGCUCCGUGCAGACGACCUGACUCAGCAUGCGGAGGACCUGCAACGCCGCCUUAACGCCGCAGAAGCACAUCUAUCAUCCGAGCGGGCCGAGGCACAAGUGGUCCGGGCCCGGCUAGAGCUACAUCUGGCAUCUACACGCACCGAGCUUGAGGCUACGGCCGCAGAGCGCACUGCUGCAUUGCAACAGCUCGCUGCUGCCCACGCGGAGCUCGUGGAGGUUACUGGUCGUUGUGCUGACCUGGAAGAUAAGAUCGUCACGGUAGAACAGCUGUGCGAGCUGGUAAAAAGCCAGCUGGAUGCGACAAAGCAGCAGCUCCUGGAAGCCGAAGAUCGCGCGGCAGCCGAUCGGAUCGGCGCCGAAACAGCACAGGCCAAGGCAGAGGAGUUGCAAGGCAAGUUGCGCGCUGAUCUUGCAGCUGCUCAUGCUGAGCUCGUGGCAGUGGCGGCGCAGCGGGAUGCGCUCGAUGCGCAGCUUGCGGUCCUGCUGCCCACCUUGAGCGCGGCUCAGGCUGAGCAUGCGGCAGGAGUGCGGCAGUUGAAGAACCUGAAGGGGGAUCAGGCCCUUCUUGAAAGCCAGCUUGGCCCGCUUGAGGAACACGCCAAAGUCCUGGAGCAGCAAGCUGAGAACCUGCGCCAGCAGCUGGUCAUGACGGAGGCGCGACAUGUGGCGGAGAAGGCCGAGACGCAGAAUGCUAUCGCUCGGCUAGAAGCACACCUGGAGGCCGUCCGAGCGGACCUUGCGGCUUCUACCACGGCGCGAGACGUGUCGGCGCAACAGCUGGCGCAGCUUCGGUUGGAGAACCACGAGCUGCACGCGGAGCACUUGCAGCAUCAGAUCGGAAAGCUGCAGGAACAGUUAACGGGUGCUGAAGUUCGCCUGGCUGCGGAGCGAAACGAGGUACAUUCGGCCCGGAUGCAGGCAGCGGCCGUCCGAUCCGAGCUUGCUGCGGUCAUGACUGAGCGAGAUACGGUAUCCAGUCAGGCUGCUGCCCUCAGAACGGAACUCGCUUCCAUCCGAUCUGAGCACGAGUCAGCUGCACAGCAGCAUGCCUUGACCCUGCAAGCCAAAGCUAGCCUGGAGGAACAAGUGAAGUCCCACCAGCAUGAAAUUGUCCAGCUGGAAAAACAGCUGGAGCGUAAGGCAAGGCUGAGGGAACAGCUAACAGACGCGGAUGCAAAGCUUAGGGCAGAGCGUGAGAGCCAUACCGCUACCCAGGGGCUGCUUGCCGCCGCCAAAGCUGAGGUCAGCCAGGUGCACGGGGAGCUUGCCGCGCUACGGAAAGAGCUUACAACGGCUACGAAGGAGCUGGCGGCACAGCAUACGUUGACAGAGUCGCGCAUCGGCGAGAUGCAGGUCAAGGUGGCGCAAGCUCGAGCGCAGGCAUCGGAGGAGUCUGACAAAGUGCAGCGGCUUAAAGCUGAGCUUUUGGAAGUAGCUAAGGCGCGGCAAGACGCUGAGCGGCAGCUAGUGGACCGGGACGUUGACGCCAAGGGCAUUGCAGCUGGUCUUGAAGCAGCUCUAGAGGCCACGCGUGCGACUCUAGAAGCGGAACGGGCUCGGGGCGAGCAAAAGGCGAAGGCGGCCCAGCAGGCUUCCGUGGCCGCGCAGCAGCGAGUUUUGCUUUUGGAUUCUCAGCUCUCGACUGCACGUGCAGCUGAGUCCGACGCCCAGCGGGCCUUGGCAGAGGCCAGGCAGAACAUCGGCAAGCAGGAAGCUGAGGCCGCAAGUCGGAUUAUGAGCCUCGAGGCUGACCUUGCUGCGGCCAAGGAAGCUAUUGCCAGCCUGGAAGACCAUCAGAAACAUGCCGUGGAAGCAAGUCGUAAUGCAGAGGAAGAGCUCCGUCUCGAACGUGAACGGAUGUCGCAGCUCGAGCCACGCCUAGCAAUGCUUGCCGACGAGGUGGCUGCACUCCAGGCCGAGCUUGCGAACGCACGGUCUGCACUUCACCGCUAUGAGGCUUAUGCUGUCGAUGCAGAGGCCGAGAUACAGGAGCUGCGUACCGCAGCUGAGGUUAGCUCGGCGGAAAACUUGCGUCUGCAGCAGCAGCUAGACCAUCUGGUGGACCAGCUGCGCCGCCAGACGCAGCAAUUGCGGGCUGCAGAAGCGGACACGGCACAUUUGCGGGAGGAGGUUGCCGCCAUGAACAUUAUGGGUACGGCCGCGCGGCGGUCGGGGAGCAGCAUUUCGCACGGCCGCUCAGGGGAGAGGCGGCACGGCUCGGCUGGAAGGACGGCGGUGGCUGGUGGCCGCCCCUCCAGCGGAUCCGCCAGCAUCCUGGAAGACCAGCUCAACCAUUCGCAGCAACAGAUGCUCAUUUUGCGCAAGCCGCACCACGGAAGCCGGCACCCGUCACCUGCGAUCGCUUCCGCAGCUUCGGCGGUGAACAACCCCGUGAGCCGGACUGGUGAGGACCAGGCCGGGCGGCCAGCACGGCCGCGGGCAAGCUCCGUAGAACCCCGUCCGCUACCGGUCGCGACGGCACAAGAGCGGCACAGCGGCGACGCCACGGCAGACACAAGGUCCAUGAGUCCUACGUCGUUACUGCAGAAACGCCUGACGGACGAGGCAACGCAGCUGCGUUGGGAGGUGGUGGCCGACAGCAGCCGAGUACGUGAGCUGCAAGAAAAACGUGCUGGUGGAGUGUAUUUGACUCGUGCGGAGGUGUCCGAGAUGGAGCUGCUCACAGCUCGUCUGGGAGCCCACCACGCCCGCAUCUCCGCAAUCAUGGAUACGGCGGUUUCUCCGGCCGGUCGGGGCAUGGGCUUAAGCCCAGGGGGCAAGCUGUUGGAGAGCCCAUCCCGGAUGCGCUUCUUUGACCUGGAGACCCGGGCGGAGCCAGCCGAACUGCCGCGUGCCGCAGCCUCUAGGACGGAUAACCAGCCUCCCUCGCGACGGGAAGUGCUGGACAGUCGUGAUGAAACUGGGGCCUUGAGUAAUACGGCCAAGUAUGCCCGUGAAAUGCGCCGGCCUGGCGAGGCGACUCCGAACCGGCCUGCCAGCUCGUUGCAUGUCGGCAUGGAGUACGGCGACGGAAAUAGCCCUGCGCAGGUGCAAAGCGGCAGCGACAGUGUGAGCCCUCAGACGCUUGGGCUCAUCUACCGUUCAUUCCCGUCGCCGUCAAACCAAAGCGUCCGGUCCACCGUGGCCAUCAUAAACGUAAGCCCGUGGUAUCCGCCUGGCCCCACACCGGGCCGGGUUAUCUCGCCUGUGCGAGCCGCUUCCCCGGCCAACCUGGCCGGUAGGGCUGUGAUAAGUGCGGUUGACACUCGGGGGAAUUUCGGAGGCCGUAGUGCUGGGACUACGCCGGUUCGCGAGCGUACUUGUGAAGGCGCGCACGAACCUCGUACCGUUGAAACUGACGAGGCUGUAGGCAUCGCGUCAUCCGUGCUGUCUGUUGUAGGCGGGGAGGCGUUAGGCGUCGGGCCCGGCGGGCCUGGCGCAGGCGUGGGUGGCGCGCCCCGGGCGGCCACCCGUUACCGCACGCCAUACCUGAGGAUGCUGCAGGACAUGGUAAUGCUUGGAGUGGGCGGCGGCGUCGGGGGCCGGGGAGGCGGAGCAUCAGGGACUGCUCGCCGGACCGGCUCCGGUGGCAAUGAAGCUACACGGCCCUCGAAUGGCGUCAUGAACGCGGCAGCGCCGCAGCAUCCGGGCAGCGGCGAUGCCGGGCAUGACACUUUGGCCCAUUGGGGUUCUGGUGGGGGAGCGGACGGCAGCCAGGGGGUGUUGUCUUUGCAGGCAUCGGCAGGUGCUUCGCACAGCCGGGGGCCAUCGCCAUGCAGAGAGCACGUAAAUCGUUUAGCAUACAUGCCGACCGAUAUGGGGGCGGCCUCGCCAUUGAACGGGCUUGGGAACGGAUCGUCGUACAUGUGA